GCCCUGCCCCUCCCCCUACCCCUACCCCGGCCCGGCGGGUUGUCCUGCCUGGGCUGUCUGCGGCGGUUACAGCGGUUGGACCUGCAGCCCGUCAACACCCUCACCUCGGGCGACAUCGCACCACUGGGGGAGCUGGGCGGCAGCCUGCAGCACCUGGAGCUGUUCCUGGACGACCAGCCCACCCUCCACUGGCACCGCCGCCCCGACGGCUACGGCCCCCCCGACCCGCAGCCGCCGCACCCCGGCCCGCUGCUGCUGCUCAGCGGCCGCAUGCUGCGCGACUUCGAGUACGCGCGCACCGUGCACCCCGCCUGGAGCCGACUCACGCAGGUCCUCUCCCGCCUGCCCCGCCUCUCGCACCUCUCCAUCACCGGCGCCGCCCCCUUCUGGGCGCCCAUGGGGCAGCACCUGCUGGCGGCCCACCCGCACCUGCACCACCUGCACCUGCACUGCACUUCCGCGCCGGCAGAGUUCGCAGCGACACCCCUGCCGCCGCCGCCACGGCAGCCGGCGGCCGCUCUUCAAGCAGCUGCCGCGGCGCCAGCGGGGGCGGCAACAGCGGCCGGGGAGCAGCCCCAGCAGCAGCAGCGGCUGGGUGGCGGUGGCGGUGGCAGCAGCGGAGGUGCUCCAUGGCCCGGAGGCGCCCCAGCAGCAGCCCCAGCAUCUGCCCCUCCCCCUUGGGGCCGGCUGCUGCGGGUGCUGGUGCGGCACGGCGAGGGUCAGUCGCUGGUGGAGGACGCGGCUCAGCUGCUGCCGCUGCGGCCGCUGGGGGCGGGGGACGAGGUGUCGCUGGACGUGUGUGGCAUGGGCGCGGUCCGAGCCGACAUCGGGCGGCAGCUGCGCGAGCUGGUGGCGGCACUGCCGGUGCGGUCGCUGGUGCUGCUGCACGCCACCUGGACCGACCCACGGGUCCCUCGGAUCGUGCUGGCGGCGCUGAGCGACAUGGCCUCAGCAGCAGCAGCAGCGGGGGAGGCGGGCGCUGCGGCUGGGCCAGCAGCAGCAGCGGCAGCAGCAGCAGUGGCGGCGGGAGCUGGGGCCGCAGCAGCAGCAGCAGCAGCAGCGGCAGCAGCAGUGGCGGCGGGAGCUGGGGCCGCAGCAGCAGCAGCAGCAGCAGCAGCAGCAGCAGCAGCAGGGGGGGGGCAGGUGCAGGGUGCUGCCGCCGCACAGGGUGUUGCAGCUGCAGGGGGAGCGGCACCGGGGUUGCCACCGAGGCUGCGGCGGCUCCAGCUGUGGAGUCGCGACAAGGAGGCGUUCGACAUCACCGGCAGGAUAUUCUCGCCGCCUGAAGACUCCUCGGCCGAUGGCGGCAGCAGCGACCCAGCCGCCUCCUCAGCCCACCCACAGCAGCAGCAGCAGCAACCCCUAGGGGGACACGGCAGUGCGGGUGGGGCCUCGGGCAGUGGCGCCGGGAGAGGAACCGUCGCGACGGGGGACGCGGAGCUGCCGCCGGGGCCCGAGGAGCUGGUGCUCCACGGCCUGCUUCCCGACUCGCUGGGUGCUCUGCUGCCGCCCUCUCUGCGGCGCCUGUCCCUGGCGCACCGGGGCGGCGGGGCGGGCGGGGGGGAGGAGGUGCUGGCGGUGGGGACAGCGGGGGAGGACAUGACGCCGCCGCAGAGGAGGGUGGCGCUGCAGGCUUGCUUCCUGCCCCCGGGUCUGGAGGCGCUGGACCUGCAGAACGUGGAGCUGCAGGGCUCCCCUCCCCCCCAGGGCCUCCCCCGGCUCCGCGCCCUCUCCCUGCACAGCUGCCGCCUGGCGUCCCUGCCCGCUCAGCUGGGGCUGGGUGGCGCGCUGCGGCGGCUGGCGCUGUUCCGCAGCUCCAUAGGCUCCAGCAGCAUGGGCAGCCUGGUGGCGGCAUGCCCGGGCAUUGUAGAGCUCCACUUGCAAGAGGCCUUCUCCCCCGAGCCGCUUCCCCCCGCCUCCCCCUCCUCCCCCCCCGCCCCCCCUCCCCCCCCGCCCCACCUGCGCCGCCUGUCUAUGUCGCUCGCCUGCGCCGACCUGAUGGCUGACGUGGCGCACGUGACGGCGCUGCGACAGCUGGAGAGCCUGGCGCUGCCGCUGCCGUACAGCUGCGCGGCGGCGGAGGGGCUGGCGGCGCACCUGCAGGCCCUGCCCGCCCUCAGCUCGCUGCACCUGCAGGGCAUGUGGGACGCCUCCGCGCCCUGCCUGGCCGCCCUCUCCUGCCUCCGCCGCCUGGCCUGCCUCAAACUGCACCUCGUGGUAGACACACGGGAGUUCAGCCUGGAGGGCCCACAGCAGGCGGCGGCAGCGGCGGCGGAGGCGGAGGUAGCAGCAGCGGAGGCGGAGGCGGUACAGCCGGCGGGGCGUACUACACGUGCUCGUGCUCGGCGUGCUGCGGCGGAGGCGGCGGUGGGAGCGGCGGCGGGAGCGGGAGCGGGCCCGUCAGCUGGGGCAGUGCCGUCGCCUGCCGUACCGCCGUCGGCUGCUGCUGCCGGGGCUGCAUCCGCCGCAUCCGCCGCGACGUCGGCGGAGAGACGGAGAACCCGGUCUGCGGGGGCGGCGGCGGCGGCGGCAAGCCGGUCGGCUGCUGUUACCGGCGCUGCAGCUGCUUCCGAGCAGCAGCGUCAGCAGCGACAGCAGCAGCAGCAAGGGAGGCGGUCCGGAGCAGAGUCUGGGGCGGGCACGGGGACAGGGACGGGGACGCGCCGGUUGACUCGGAGUUCCUCGCAGGCGGCUGCGGCUGCAGCGGCUGGGCCCGCGGUUGGCAGCAAGCGUGGUGGUGGCGGCGGAAGCGGCGGCGGGAGCUCUGCUGGCGCCAACACAGCGGGAGCAUCGACAUCCAGAGCAGCAUCCGCACCAGCAGCUGCUGCCACUAACCAGGCUGCCGCUGCUGCUGCCGCGGGGCGGCCUGCCAAGCGCGGCCGGUGGAUGCUGCGCUCGAGAGCGGCCGCACCCGAGCCCUCGCCCAGCGACUCCUCCUCCAGCGGAAGUGACCAUGAAUCCGAGCCGGAAGCUGAACCCGCGGCAGCUCCGUCACAGCCGACAGCGACCGCCUCCAGCCCCGGCCGCCGUGGCAGCCGCCGGGAUGCCGGGCCGCUGCCCAAGCCUCCUCCCGCGGCGAAAGCCGACCCCAGCGGCCCUAGCGGCAGCCAACAACAGCAGCAGCAGCAGUUGCCCCCGCUCUUACCCGACGCGCACUCCGUCAGUCGUGAACUGUACGACAUCCUCGCCAGCAAGCUGCCGUACACCCGGGUGGCUCUGAAGCUCAUCACCAUCACCUUCAAGUCGAGCGAGGGUGAUGCGGGCGGCCCUGCUGGUGGUGCCGGCGGUGGGGAUGCGGGCAACCCUGGUGGUGGUGGCGGCGGUGGUGGGGGUCCGCACCCUCACCCUCCAGGAGUGGGAGGAGGAGGAGGAGGAGGUGGUGGUGGCAACAACGCAGCGGUAGCGGCACUAGCCGCCGCCGCAGCAAUCGUCCACCUGCUAGACGGGCCGCAGCAGGGCCCGCCAGGCGGCGCUGCUGGCGGCGCAGGUGGCGGUGCAGGUGGCGGCGCCGCUGGUAACGACGACGACAUGGGAGGCGGUGAAGGUGGUGGUGGUGGUGGC